UUCCCCAAGGCUGUUGACACCCUCAGAGGUCAUCACACAACACGUGAAAGCAUGGCUGCGGUGCUGCGUCAGUUUUCCACCGUCUUCUCCCCUACGAGACUGGCCUGUCAGACCGGCGUGGCCUUCUUUACACUUCAGGCUGCAGGGACAGAGCGGCUGGUGACCAAGAAAGUCUACUUUGACAUAGAGAUCGGUGGUCAGAAGGCAGGCAGAGUCGUAAUAGGACUGUUCGGCGAAAUCACACCAAAGACGGCGGCAAACUUUGAACAGCUGACGACUCAUGAGAAGGGUUUUGGGUACAAGGGCAGUGCCUUCCAUAGAGUCAUCAAAAAGUUCAUGAUCCAAGGUGGUGACUUCACCAGGGGUGAUGGGACAGGUGGAAAGUCCAUAUAUGGUAACAAGUUCCCAGAUGAGAACUUCAUGCUGUCCCAUACAGAACCUGGCUUACUUAGCAUGGCAAAUGCAGGACCCAACACCAAUGGUUCACAAUUCUUCAUCACGACCGUGCCCACGCCGUGGCUGAACGGGCGCCAUGUUGUGUUCGGGAAGGUCCUGGAGGGAAUGGACGUGGUGAGCCGGGUGGAGAACAGUCCCGUGGACAGGCGCGACCGUCCCAAGCAGCCCUGCGUGAUCGCGGACUGCGGAACGUUGGAGCUAGACAAACCAUUCGCUGUGUGAACUGUAUUUAAGUAGAGGAUAGACCAGACAUGUUACUGUUCACCUCCUGCAAAAGAAUUAUUAACCUUUUCCUUGCUGAAUUGGGCCUUGGAGCCAAAUUGUAUUGGUUAUAGGGUUAGGCAGCAGGUAGAAGGUUAAAAUAGUAGAAAUUGACUAGAUACAUAGGAUGGAUGAUUAGCUGGAGGCCAGCUUGCCAGCCAACUACCUUUGCUGACAAAUCUGACAUCCUCUUUUGUGGAUGUCUGUAUUUUUUUCAUAUCAAGAGUAAUCAAGUUUUGACUAGGAGAUUAUGACAAGAAAUUUUUGAAAUGCAAUAUGAAUCAGUACAUCAGAUCUAAAAUUCUACAUGCUUAUGAUAUUGAUGAAGUAAUUUGUAAUUGGAAGGCAGUUUUGUCAAUAAAGAUGUCACAGGUGAU